UUUUGCGAAACGCUCCAUAUUUGUACUGGCACGUUGUGAUUAAAGACGAAGAAAAACGAUUUAAAGAGCAACAUAUCGUCUUGCUUGCGAUUUGCAAUUCCAUCUCGCGUGGAUCACCAUUCCAAUCUGGGAUGUGACCCCGUCAUGCUGGGCAUCUUAGCACCUGCCCUUGUGGUCUGACUGGGAGUUUAAGGUAGCAUAUGCGUUAUAUAGUUUCUAUCAGAAAUUCGUGAAAAUUUGUGAAAUGGUACAAAAUUGUGCAAUCUAUCGUUCUACGCAGUUAAAAAUGACCCCUAACGCAUUAAAUUUUUAUCAUUUUUCAUUUGAAAUACGCUUGAUUCAGUAUGCUUCUUAUGGGAGGUUGGGCGCGCGGGGACACUAAAAUAAAGAUUUAAAUGUACAGUUCUAUUGUACAUGGGAAAAUUAUAUGACAUAAUAAUCUUUGAAAUGUGGCGCGUCGUCCAGCCCACCUGAAAAAAUAGUUUUCCGUGCUCGUUUUUUAAAUAUUGCAAGAUAAAGAGGUGAGAACGGCGUCUUUUCGAAGCUCUGGUGCACUCGGGGGACUGUCGUAGGGUGAGGGGGCUCGGGUAGGGGAGGGAGGGAGAACUACACUUGGCAACGGCGCUUGGGGCAACCCAGGGUGCUGACCCGCAGUCGGUCUUUUCGCCGCUACCACCGAGUGUGAUGCAGUGAACAUGCCGUCUAACGUGAAAAGUCCUUAUAACAUUCGUAAAAACGGCAGGUUUAUCAAAAGAAAAAGAUUAGACCGUGAAAAGUAUGCUGCCGCAGCACGCGCAGCUAAAGCCGCUGCCCAGCGACACAGGCAAAUCUCUGAAACUUUGGAAUCAUCUGCUCGCGACGUGGAGGAUGAAGAGGAGACGCUUUUGCAAACGUUUCUGGAUCAAGUUAUGGAUGGACGGCGCAUAUUUGACUCCAAAAUGCUGUGGAAGGGCAUGUGGUGCUAUACCUGCAAAAGAGGACUGUGCGUUCGCGACAUCGUGAAAGAAAUGGUGAGGGGUCUAGCCUACGUGUGGAGGUUCAAGUGCCCGACCUGCUUGGUGGAAACCGAAGUAUCAAGUUCUAGCACCUAUUAUGCUCUGAAAACGUGUCGUCAACGCUACACUGUCAAUUCAAAACUGAUCUUCGGCAUGACAGAUUCUGGUAUGGGCCCGGACCAGAUUAACACAGUCUUGUCUGCCCUCAACAUCCCCUGUCUUGAUGCUGGUACACUUUCUCGUUAUCGAGAGGAAGUCGGGCAAGUUGUGAUUGGGGUUGCCAACGAAUCUUGCCAGGAGGCACUUCUUCUGGAGAAGGAGCUCACACAAGCGAGCCCGCUGCGCAACUUGGGAACCCAGCCACUGCCCAUGGACUCUGAUGACGAGAGCACCAACUUGGAUGCUGAGGAUGACUCAAACACAUUCAAAACUCCAGUCCUACCAUCAAAUGCAGCUCCAACAGCCCAUGGUGAUGCAAGAUUCGAUUCCAAUGAUGAAGAUGAUCCGGAUGAACUGCAAACUCCUGCCCAGCCUUCAACUCCAAGAGGGACUGCAAAUGCAACUUCAACAGACCACGCAACUCCACCUCCAAAUGUACCUCCAGAAGAUUCUCCCUUUACCACAACUCCACGAAGACGUACCAGGAUUGGCGUGUCUAUAGAUAUGCAGUUUUCCACCCGUUUCAAUGGUAAAAAAUACGACUCUCUUGCAGGACAAUCGACCAUGAUCGGUCUGAAAUCAAAAAAGAUCUGUGGUUGGGAGUCCCUGACGAGGAAAUGCUGGAAAUGUGAGAGAGGCAGACCUCAUCUGUGCAAGGGGGUUUUCAAAGGGAGUGCCAAGGCCAUGGAGCCGGAAGCUGCAGUGAGGCUAAUAUGUAAAAACUCGUCACUAAAUGAAGCUAAUGUGGUUGUUGCUGCUGUUGCUGGCGAUGAUGAUGCUGCGAGCGCAUCUGCUAUUCGCCACAACAGCACAACCCACAUAGUGAAGUGGAGUGACCACAACCAUACCGUAAAAAGUGUGAAGAACGGUCUGUUUGUCAUUCAAGCCCGGUUUCCCAAAAUUUUCCCAAAGAGUUACAUAAAUUACUUUCUGUCCUGUUAUAGUACUGCUGUCAAACAAAACAAAGGCAAUCCUAAAGGCUUGAGGCGAAAUCUGAAGGCUUUGGUCCCUCAUGCCUUUGGUGACCAUGGUACUUGUGGUGCAUGGUGUGGUUUUAUUAAAAAUCCAGCAACCUACAAGCACAAGUACUUUGAGGAUAAUGGUAAGGAUUUGGCGGCCUGUGAGCCUUUAAGGAGGGAUCUUGAAGCACAUUUCAGGAGAUAUAUUAUCCGUGCUGCAACCAUUGCUCCAGCUGCCUCUUCUCAAAAAAAUGAGGCAGUGAACAACGUAUUCAUUAGUAAGUCAGCCAAGAGAACAUUUACUGGUGGUACUUGGCGGCAUACUUAUGCAAUAGCUAGUGGUGUUGCUCAGACAAAUAUCGGCACUUCUUACCAAAAGAACGUCUAUUCUGCUCUAGCAUUGUCUCCAUCUAAAGGUGGAGAUAAAUAUAGAGAGAAAAAAGAUGUCUGGAGGAAGAGAGUUGCCCAUAUUAAGUCCCAACAAGCUGCCAAAAUUAGGAGAAAAUAUUUGGCACAACACAGGAGUCGAGUGAAGGUCCACGUUGAAGGAGGGGAGGGCAUCUCAUAUGAGCCCGGUAUGGGGUUCAACCGCCCAGUUGAUGAAAGUGUACGUUCUGGAGGGGUUGUUGAACCAGUGGUUCAACGCCCUGUCCCUGACCACAAUGACAUUAAAUUAAUUUACUUCGAUGUGGAGACUGAUGGGCAUGGGAACAUCAUUGAAAUGGGUGCCAAGUGCGAUGAUGGUGAUCAUGCUACAUUUCAAAAGUAUGCAUAUCCUCCCAAGGAUAUCACUGAGCACGUGACUAGGGUGACUUCUCUUUCAAUUAUCGAGGGGGAACUGUGUUACAAAGGUAACGCAGUGACCUGCUCAUCCCUCUUUGCUGUGAUAAAUUCUUUUUUUGUGUUCUUAAGAAAAUUUGAAAAACCAAUAGUAUUAAUAGCUCACCACGCUCAUAGUGAUGCGUAUGCCCUAAUCAAGGGCUGCGCUGAUUUUUAUCUAUUACCAUCUUUGGCUGAGUUAGUUAUAGGAUUUGUUGAUACCCUCCCCCUGUUUAAAAAAAACCCUGUAAUUCUGGCAGAAGCACUCGCUGAACAGUCUUUAGAAAAUAAAAUGAAACUUAGUUUUAGUCAGAGUACCUUAGCUUCUAAAUAUGUUCCUAAUUUUAGACUAGAAGAUGCCCAUGGGGCUCUUUACGAUUCUGAAAUAUUGCUGCAGCUCUGCACUGCUCUGGAUGUGACGAGGCAGGACCUUCUCAGUAAUAUAACAUUGCUUUCCCAUUUUGUUGAUAGACAAGUUGAAUUGAGGAACAAAAAAAUAUUUUCACCUGGUCUGGCAGUUAUGGUUGGUCCAGGCAUCAGCAAAAUGACAACAGAAAAAAUUGCAGAGAAGGGCUUUACUGUAGGAGCUCUGGCCCAAAAACUACUGGAUGACGGACAAGAGCGGUUUGCCCAGUGGUUCAAGGAUCUGAACAAUAGGAAAACGGCACUUGUUGCAGUCAUUGAUUAUCUUUGUGCAUGGCUUGAUUUGAACAAAGAUGAUGUAAAUGUAAUGGACUUGUAAAAUUUGUUGAUGCAUUACAAAUUUUUUUACAGUAUUAUUUUUAUAGACAGAUUUAUUGUAUUUAAUUUUUUUCUGUUCCUUUGGCUGAAAUUGUGACAAUAAAUUUGUACUCUUA